AUGUCUGAAAAUCCAAUAGUAUUUUUUGAUAUUUCCAUUGGAGGACAGCCAGCUGGAAGAAUGAAAAUGGAGCUAUUCGCUGAUGUCGCGCCAAAGACUGCCGAGAAUUUUAGACAAUUCUGUACAGGAGAAUACAGGCGAAACGGAGUCCCACAGGGAUACAAAGGAGCACAAUUUCACAGAGUCAUUCAUGGCUUCAUGGUACAAGGAGGAGACUUUGUGAAGGGCGAUGGAACUGGAUCAAUGAGUAUUUAUGGAGAUAGAUUCGCUGACGAGAACUUUGACAUAAAACACACAGGAUCAGGAUUAUUGUCAAUGGCAAAUAGUGGACCCAAUACCAACGGAUGCCAGUUCUUCAUCACAUGUGACAAGUGUGAUUUCCUUGACGGCAAACAUGUUGUUUUCGGUAAACUAAUUGACGGGUUAUUAACACUACGAAAAAUCGAAAACGUGCAAACUGGGCCGGGUAACAGACCAAAGUUACCCGUCACGAUCACUGAAUGUGGGCAAUAUUAA